AUGGCACCGGAGUAUGAAUUUCCAGUAGGCCAUGAAGAUGCUUGGACAGCAUUCGAAUGGGUCUAUGAUAGUGGUAAAGGGAGACUUGGAGUGGACAUUAGUCGAUUCGGUAUAGGUGGUUCGAGCUCGGGUGGAAAUCUUGCGGCAUUCGUCUCUCAAAGAGCCGGUGUUCAAGGCAUUCCUAUUCAGUUUAUGGUGCUAGGUGUACCUGUUUGCGAUAACACUGCUACGGCGGACACUUAUAAAUCACGGAAUGUCAAUAGACAUUGUCCUGGAUUACCAGAUGCCAAGAUGCUAUGGUACCGCGACCAAUAUAUCCCCACUGCGGAAGAUCUAUCCAACCCCAUCGCUUCUUCCCUAUUCGGAUCAGACGGAGCCUUCAAAUCAAGCGUCAACAAGGUUUUCAUCGCCUUAGCCGAAUUAGACCGUCUGCGAAGUGAGGGAGAAGCGUAUUCCAAAAAAUUGAAAACGUUCGGUAAAGAGGUAGAUUGCAGGACGUACCCUGGUGUACCUCAUGCUGUCCAGGCGAUGAAUGGGUUUGGUAGACAUCCGGCUGAUGUUGCUAUGGAGGAUCUGUAUCCCGACAAUGUGGAAGUUGACGUACCCCAAAUCGAAGGUGGUGGACCAUGGCUUCGACUUAAAACUCCUAUGGUGCUAGGAGAAGCUCCAAUCUACCGAGCUGAAGAUUCAACUUUACACUAUGUAGAUUGUUUGAAAGAACCUGCCGAAUUACAUAUCCUCAAGCUUGACCCGACUACAGGGGAAUUAUCUGCUUCAUCUCAAGAUGGUCAGCCGCGUAUACUUCAAUUGGAAGAAUCAGUCACAGUGCAAUUCUUCCGAGAGAAGAAGCCUGGAUACAUCUGUGCGUACUUUGCCGGUGUAGCCUUUUUAGAUGAGGAGACUGGAAAAUUGGAGAUACACAAAGAGAUUAUACCUCAAGAUGAAAGGAGUAUAAGAAGGUUCAAUGAUGGAGGUGUGGAUGUAAUGGGUAGAUUUUGGUUAGCUGAGAUUGAUCGUAAAGCCUUGAGUCUAGGUAUGGGUAGAUUACCUCAAGAUUAUGGUGAACCUCUUGGUAGAUUGUGGAGAUACGACCCAGAUGGGUCAUUGCAUUUGAUGGAGAAGGGAUUGGUAUGUGGCAAUGGAUUAGCUUGGAGUCCUGAUAAUAAGACUAUGUAUCUAAACGAUAUUCGCCUACGAUUUCGAUAUUCUCACUGGAUCACUAUCCAACAAGCGACUAUUCAUCGAUCGAAGGAAUCUCGGAGAGUUAUGGUUUAUUCAUCAGAAGGUAAACAUCUGAAAGACAUCAAAUUCACGGCUAGGAAUAUGGCUUGUACCUCCUGGGGUGGACCUAAUCACGAUACACUCUAUAUCGCUUCUGCAACGGACAAGAGACCGAAUAAGAAUUCAGAGGAUGAUGGAGGUCAUUUGUUCAAAUAUAAUGUGGGCGUUAAAGGUGUACCUAAAUAUAAAUUCAAGGGUUAA